AAUUGAAAGACUGAUCUUAUCAUCGCUCUCCAAUAAUUUCUUUGAUUAACAGUUCUGUUUGCUAAGAAAAAUGGGUUCCAAGGCCUUUCUUUUGCUAGGUCUUUUGUUGGCUAUUGUUCUUCUCAUCUCUUCGGAGGUGUCAGCGAGAGACCUGGCUAAGACUUCCUCUCACCAGCGAAAAGUGGAUGCCACCAAAGAGGCCAAUGGAGCAGAUGAUGCCAAAUACGGUGAAUUUGGAGGAAAACCUGGUGGUGGCGGAUAUGGGGGAUACCAAGGUGGACGAUCUCGAGAUCCUAGAAUUCUUUCAGGUGGGCUCGGCGGCAGACAUCCCUGCCCUCCGCAACGUAGUCUGGGGCAUUGUUCCCCUGCUGAUCAAGAUGCAGAAACCGAAGCCAAGCCUCAAAAUUAAAGCAACAUAAUUAUGUUUCAAGAGGUAACUCAAUCGGCUGAGGAUCACACCUCAUGAAACGAAGGUCACUAGUUUGAAUCCCCCCUCCCCUCUUGUGUGGACAGGUAAAAAAAAAAAAAAAAGCAACAUAAUUAUCUAAAUUAUAUAUAUGGUGUUCAAUUCCCUUGUAAUGUUAUAAUUAAGGGUUAAAUAUAAAAUUGGUAGUGCUUUUGGUCUUUAUCAAA